AUGGACGGAAGAAGUCAAGAUCUCGUGGACUAUAACGAAAGUUUGCGCAAGAUAUCAAACAGCCUUGAGAAUGCCCUGAAGACCUUUGGACCCUCCUCGAGGCAGUACCAAACCAUACUUGAAAUGUUGAAAGAAUGUCUUCGGGACAUUGAGAACGAGAGCCAGAAGAGCAAAGCCCGGGUGGUUGACGGAGACAUGCUAAGCAUUGCCAUGGGAUUUCUGGAAAUUGGGAAAUAA